AUGAAACUGUUGUCGACAUUAAUCGUUGUCUUGUGCUCUGCAAUAUGCGCCCACGGCUGCAGACACUCUGAAGGUAAUGGAGUCUUACACUUUACUGUUUAUGUAAAAUACGCGAUAAUUUAGAAUCUUUAUAAUUGUUCCAAAUGUAAGAAACCAAACAACUGUAAAUUGAUAAGAGUCGUCUGGUGAGAGUGUUCAUUUGAAAAAAAGCAUAGGGAACAGAAUAUGCACUUUAAUUUACCCGCAGGUAGAAGGCCUUAUCAAAAGAUGCACAGACAUGUAUUUGAAGUUCGCUAAGUUUGGAUAUUUUUGUAAAGUCUUUAAUAAUUCCAAGAGGUUUCUAGGACAUCUUAUGCAACAAAUUAAAGAAAUUUUCCCAUUCUUUGUAAACACAUAUUAGUUCUUGAUGAACUAAUUUGACAGACCAUGUUAAGUCGUAUUAAGUAGCUAGACCCGAAAGUGCCCACUGCCAUUUGUGCACUGAAUGUUUGAUUAUCUUGUUUUGUGAAUGCGCUUCUGCAGUGGUGAUUGCAACUGAAACUAACUACCCGAAUGUUUCCAAUGCAAAUUAGGCAGAGUUUUCUAAAUUUAAUAUCAUCAUAUACACCUAAGAUCAGUAGUAAAUCUAUGGUCACCAUCGACUGGUAUAAUAUGCUAGGCGUGAAGACGGAUGCGGCACACAAUUCCUAAACAGACGAAAUCAUGCUAAAGUAGAGGAAGCACAUUUCAAGUGUUAAUAAAAGUUAAUUAGUAUUAUCUAAAUAGUGACUUAAUAAAUUCCAAUUUCCGAUGGAAUAAUCGGGAAAAGGAAAGCUUGGAAAUCCACAAGUAUCAGGCACUUCUGCAAACCAACUUUUAAAUAUAUACUAUGUAGAUUGAUAAGCAAUAUAUUUGUAUAUGUUUAUGUUACAAUAAGUAAGUUUAAAGAUGCAGACCAAUUAUGCUACAGUAAGUGGAAGCUAGUUAAUAGUGUUAUAAAACUUAAGUAAAAAUAUCUAACUUGUGAGUUCAGAUAUUGCAGUGUCCGAUGCAAUAGUUACAGAGAGUGACCGAUCUAAUGAAAUGUUGGCUGAAAUUCUAAAAGGCGUUUUCGAUUAGAAAGGAUUACUUACUCGCGGUUAUAAUACUGAUUAUCUUGUAGCAUACUCUUAUAACAUUUCGGACUUGGCAGGAUGUCGGCUUUUAAAUGCACUUCUUUUCAAUCUCCUGUAGAAUGCGUGCUCUAUAUAAAUUGUCUUCUUAAUACGCAUGCAUUGUUUCCAUUGAUUUUCGAUGGUCUUGAAAAUUCAAAUAUAUUUUAUAAAAACCAUAAACAAAAAUAUGUUUUUUGUCAGUCAAUAGAGAAUCGCGUCUUCUUCAUGUUUUAUACUCAAGGGAGGAGAAUAAAUCGAUUUAAAAAAGUUUUCUAAUUGCGAAAAAUGUGGAGCCUAAUAAGUCUUUGGAUUAGCGAUUAGGGAUUUCAGUCUACAAGGUGCAUUCGUUCCGCGUAAAUAAAAUCACAUAUUUUUCUAUGCCAUUAAAGAGAAAACAUACAGAGGCCAUACAAUUUUCCUAUGGAUGCGGACCAUGUUGUACAUGUCAUGAUGAGCAGUGGUAAAUGGCCAGGUACCAUGCUAUGUGAAUUGACAUAUAGCGGUCUUAAAAAGUAUCAUAAUUAAAAAAAUGUUUAAAACCUAAUUAUUCUCCCUUCUUAAGUAGAGCUAUAAAGAAAACGUGAUUAUCUAUUGAUUGAUUGAAAUAAUACAAAUUUUUGUCUAUGGUUUCGAUAAAAUAUAUUUGAAUUUCCAAGACCACCGAAAAUCAAUGGAAAAAAUGCAUGCUAUUGAAAUAGUCAUUUUUACCGGGUACGCUUUCUACAGGAGAUUGAAAAGAAGUGCAUUUAAAAGCCGACAUUCUGCCACGUCCGAAAUGUUAUAAGAGUAUGCCUAAUCUAAAACGCAUUUUAGAAUUUCAGCCAGCGUUUCAUGAGAUAAGUCUGACUGUAGAUAGAGGAAUGCUUGGAAAUGGACAAUUAUCAGUCACUUAUGCAAUCAAAAUGUAAAAUAAAUGCUAUAGAGCCUUAUAAUUAAUAUAUGUGCAUAAACAUAGGUUGCAUAAUGCAAUGGGCUUGUUGCAUAAAGUGUCAUAUAGCCUGUGAGAGUAAAGACAGUUUUUGUAUGACCAUUUGGACUUGUAAAAAUAUACACAUUAACAACGCUUGUCGUUGUACGUAUUGCAUAGCCGAAACAUUUGAAAAUUUACUACUCGGUUUUCCAGUCUAAAAUGGACAAGUACAUACUGUAAAAACGCUCGGACAGAAUAAUCCCUGUAAAUAAUUUGCCAGCCUGGUCGGUUGGGCGCAGUUAACUGAGUUCAAAGAUUAGAACAUCAUGCCAUUGCUUGUAUUCUUAUUUCGAGAUAUCGACAAUACUAAUCCAUAUUUCAAUAUCUAGAAGAAAAAAAGGAAUACAUUUUUUUCACCAUCCGAUUCUUUGCUAGCAUACCACUUCGAUACUAUUAUGAUGACCACGGUCGCUUCCUCGACUGUGUUUGCCAUAUAGAGUGACCAGUCUUAGCGUUAACCUGCAGAUGACAAGGGGAUUUAUUGUUAAAAUAUUAAUUCAUCGUGUUUUGUAGAGUCAAUGAAAUGCAAAAACGAUGGCAUAGAUCAUUAUUAUCUACUUCAACGGAUUCCGUCAGGCAUUUGGAGUAUACAUCAUAGUCCAAACACCUUCACUCGGAUGCGCCUGCAAGUGUCAGACGAUCGUUUCAUUGUUGGAUGUUCUCGGUUAAAUAGUCAGCCGAGUUUAAAUAUGACAAUUGUGUGUAAAAUUUACUUUCCGUAUAUAAGCUAUUCUUUGGUGCAUUCGGUAUGUUUAAUAAAAUAUACAUAAUUAUGGACUGCAAGUUAGUUAGCUGUUUUCUUCUGUUUCACAAUUAGUUGAAAUUGAAUUUAGUAGGCAAAAGGAGAUUAUGCUAUGUAAUGUAGCUUCUUUAGUUAAAUGUUGCAUCCGCUUUCGAAAAAUUAUGUUUUUUUUCUUUUCUAUAAAGACAGAGCGGUUGUUAUUUGGAAUGCGUGAACUUUUGACAUUAUAACUAAACCUGAUUCUGCAAAUUCCUUGAAUCUGUUACAUAUUCAAUGACAACUUGGCUUUUUGCAGUGCAUUGUUUAACCAUAUGCAAUGUGCUUAGAAUUUAGAGGGCUGUUCGCUGACAUCCGACGAGCCCCUCAAGGAAGAAAAAGCCCUGGAAAUUCGAGCAAAGAGCAUCAAUGCUCCGGCUACAUUAGAGUACAGUGCAGAAUGCGGAGUCAUUUGGAACAAAUUCCGUUUGCGUCUUGUUGAUGUUGACUUUUACGAUCUGGAAGCGGCCGUCUUCCAUGCACUUUCAACAAGAACAGGAGAAGCUUUAAGUGCUUGCUCAAAUAACUCCAUAUUACGUCUUCCAACGUACACAAAGUUAGCCUUCCGUAGCAGGUCAUGGCCUAGUUGUUCUCGUGAAGCUCUGCGUGACCUGGUCACCCACACAAAAACAUUUGCCUGUUUAGAAAUAGAGACAUUGCUGCAAAUGUAA